AUGGCUGAUAGAAUGGAGGAUUAUCUAAAUGGUUUAGAUGAAGAACUAUGGGUUUGCAUAUCAAGAACUACACAGCCUCCAUCAAAUGUUCAAAACAUUGGAUCUUCGAAUUCAACUACUGCUGUUGAUGAACGAUCUGAAAGAAUGAAGAAAAAUGAGAAACGUUGUCUAAGGGAAUUGAGAGGUACACUACCACCAGUGGUGUACAACUACGUUCGUGGUUGUAAGAGUGCAAAGGAGAUAUGGAAUACUCUCAAGGAUAAGUAUCAAGGAAGCGAAAAGACGAAAAUCAACUCUGUGAAGCAAUGUUUGGUGGAGCUGAAGGAAUUCAGACAGAAAGAUAAUGAGACAAUUGAGGUCUACUAUGAUCGUUUCAAUGAGUUGAUAUAUCGAUGA